AUGAAUUUCUCCCCCGACGUGAGACCGCUCUUGGUUCAAAUGAACUCAGCGUUGAAACUCGCUAAGGUUGAGGACCAUGUUCAGUACUAUACCCUCCUUAUGGCAGUGAUGUGUAUCGCGGUCGUCUCUCUGUCCAGAUUCUUCAAGAGUGGGAAGUCUGAAGAUCCUCUGGAGUUCUCUCAUCGUAUGUCGACGCAUACGAUUUCAUCGCAAAUACCAAGUCCAUACUCAAGCGGGCGUACGAGAAGGCAUUACGAUCACGGAACAUUCAAGAUUCCCGAAAUGAAUCGGAACACCAUUAUAAUCAACAGACGAGAUCUUAUCGAAGAGAUCAGGAAGGCUCCAGACAGUACGGCUUCUUUCGAUGAGGCGGUAGCUGUGGACUUUGCAUUGCGUUGGACAUUCGGAUUGAAACUAACGAGAAAUCCAUAUCAUCUCACAACCGUCCGUAACCAGCUAACCCGUUCUUUGGGAGUGCUUUUCGACGACAUUCGGGACGAGAUUGUGCAUGCAUUUAAUGACCUUAUCCCGACGAAGAAUGACGGUAUGAAAGCGGUCCUUAUCGAUACCCAAGCUGCAGUAAAUAACAUGGCGCUCGUUUUAGACUGGGUCGCCAUCCUUGCGUUGGAUACAGUAAGGAGCCUUGUAUGCAGAGCCAGCAACAGGAUCUUCGUUGGCGUCCCUCUUUGCAGAGACCCAGUGUAUACUGAUCUGAGUACUAAUUUCACUGUCGACAUUAUGAAGACGGUAUACAUGAUGAACGAUACGCCCGCUGUUUUGCACCCCAUAAUUGCAGCAUUAUUCAACCCGACAGCUCGAAGUGUCCGACAAGCAAUGAAGCUCCUUCGCCCAAUCCUCGAGGAGCGGUUCCGUAUGUACGACGAAAAUGGCGAUGAUUGGCCAGGGAAACCGGUUGACAUGAUUUCAUGGCUGAUUGAUGAAGCGCCGAAUAAUGAGAAAAGAAGUGUUCGAGAACUCACGUUAAGGCUGCUUAGCGUGAAUUUUACUGCUAUACACACAUCCUCGAAUAGCUUCACUCACGCACUGCUCCACCUCGCGGCAGAGCCACAAUAUAUUGGCCCUUUACGGAAAGAGAUCGAGCAAGUAAUCAAGGAAGAAGGUUGGUCGAAGGUUGCAAUGACGAAGAUGUGGAAACUCGACAGCUUCAUGAAAGAGAGUCAGCGGAUCAAUGGUGUCCAGCUGACUUCCCUGUCUCGCAAGAUUAUGUCCGAUAUGACCUUGUCGGACGGGACCUUCCUACCUGCCGGCACAUUCGUCGCUGCAAAUGUGAUAGGAGCGCAUCGUGACGACUCCCACUACCCGGAUGCGGACAAGUUUGACGGAUUCCGUUUCGCAAAGCUACGCGAGCAAAGCUCCGAGGAGGGAGUAAAGCACCAAAUGGUAAACACGAGUCCAGAAUACUUGGCAUUCGGACAUGGUCGUCAUGCAUGCCCCGGUCGCUUCUUUGCAGUGAACGAACUCAAGGCCAUGAUGGCAUAUUUGAUCUUGCAUUACGAUGUGAAAGCGGAGAUAGAGGGAGUGCGACCGGAGAACGAAUACCACCGCAAUCAAGUGGGCCCGAAUUCCAAGGCGACAGUUCUGCUCAAGAAACGAAAGGACGCAUAA